CUGACGAUUCACGGGGUGAAUUAAAAUUGACAUUCAACUAAAGGACAACAAUCGUGUGAAUAUUCAUCGCUAAUCGACGCCUGUACUGUCAUACGGAUAGAGAACAUGUACUUACAUAUGGAUUUAAUCUGAAAACCCAUAUAUUUAACGUUUUAGGAAGAAGUUAAACGGCUGUUGUUUUUCUUUCUGUCUUCGCGAGUCCAUGUUGACGUUCGCGUGCUUUCUUUGUUGAGGUUUUCUUGCGCGUGUUUUUUUUUCAUAUCAAUCUGUCAGUUUUACACUUAGUGGUGCGUGUUUUUGUCGAGGCGUACGGUAGAAACAAACAGUAAACUCGCUGAUGCACUGGCAUCGUGUCCAUCACAGGGUGCGUAAAGCAACUAUAUGAAUUUUCGCUGUGUAAUUCAGCAGGCACGAGCGCAGAGAUCCAACUUCAACAUGAGAAAAGUUUUUCUUGAGCAAGGCUGAAGAAGACGUAACCAGAUCAGACUUUAUAGUCCGGGUUUGCCAAGUUUGGGAGUUGCUGGAGCAUUCGUGAUCUCAGAAGGGACUGCGGUACAUUAGGAAUAAUGGUGGUCAAUACGAUCCACUGGUUCAGGAAGGGCUUAAGGCUCCAUGAUAACCCAUCUCUGCGGGACUCUAUAAUAGGAGCCGAUACUCUGAGAUGCGUUUACAUACUGGACCCCUGGUUUGCAGGAUCGUCCAACGUGGGAAUCAGCAGAUGGAGGUUUUUGCUGCAGUGUCUUGAGGACUUGGACGCCAGCCUUCGCAAACUUAACUCUCGCCUCUUUGUCAUCAGGGGACAACCCACGGAUGUCUUUCCAAGACUUUUCAAGGAGUGGAACAUCACCCGGCUGUCAUAUGAGUACGACUCUGAGCCCUUCGGGAAAGAUCGUGAUGCAGCCAUUAAGAAGCUGGCCACUGAGGCAGGGGUGGAGGCUUUCGUCAGGAUCUCCCACACACUCUAUGAUCUGGACAAGAUCAUAGAGUUGAAUGGAGGACAGUCUCCUCUUACCUAUAAACGAUUUCAGACGCUCAUUAGUAGAAUGGAUGCUGUGGAAAUACCAGCGGAGACUAUCACGGCUGAAGUCAUGGGCAAAUGCGCCACACCAGUCAGCGAUGACCACGAUGACAAGUUUGGUGUUCCCUCUCUGGAAGAGCUCGGUUUUGAAACAGAUGGGCUGUCCUCGGCUGUGUGGCCUGGUGGAGAGACUGAAGCUCUGACUCGACUAGAGAGACACCUGGAGAGGAAGGCUUGGGUGGCUAAUUUCGAGCGUCCCAGAAUGAAUGCUAAUUCCCUGCUGGCCAGCCCCACAGGCCUGAGCCCUUACCUCCGGUUCGGCUGCCUCUCCUGCAGACUUUUCUAUUUCAAACUCACAGACCUCUACAGAAAGGUCAAGAAAAACAGCGUCCCACCAUUGUCCCUUUAUGGUCAGCUGCUCUGGCGUGAGUUCUUCUACACGGCUGCCACUAACAACCCACACUUUGACAAAAUGGAGUUCAAUCCCAUCUGCGUGCAGAUCCCGUGGGACAGGAACCCCGAAGCUCUGGCGAAGUGGGCAGAGGGCCGGACUGGUUUCCCGUGGAUUGAUGCCAUAAUGACCCAGUUGAGGCAGGAGGGGUGGAUCCACCAUCUGGCCAGGCAUGCUGUUGCUUGCUUCCUCACGCGUGGAGACCUGUGGAUCAGCUGGGAAGAGGGCAUGAAGGUGUUUGAGGAGUUGUUGCUGGAUGCAGACUGGAGCGUCAAUGCUGGAAGCUGGAUGUGGCUUUCAUGCAGCUCAUUCUUCCAGCAGUUCUUUCACUGUUACUGUCCGGUGGGCUUCGGUCGACGUACUGACCCUAAUGGAGACUAUAUAAGACGCUAUUUGCCCAUAUUGAGGGGCUUCCCUGCUAAAUUCAUCUAUGACCCUUGGAAUGCCCCAGAAAGUGUUCAGAAGAUUGCAAAGUGCAUAAUCGGAGUGCACUACCCUAAACCCAUGGUUAAUCACGCUGAGGCCAGCAGGAUAAACAUCGAGCGAAUGAAGCAGAUUUACCAGCAGCUGUCCUGCUACCGGGGCCUCGGGCUCCUUGCAACUGUUCCAUUCAACACAACCAACAAUGGAGAUGGUAAUGGAGCAGGAGACAACACACAGGAGAGCACUCACAUUACAGUGCACCCAUCACCAGCAAGUUCUCAACCAGAGUUCUCACCAUUUCCAGUGUCAUGUGGUCAGCAGUCUGGAAAUAUUGUGCAGCCACAACCAGGUUACUCAGGUAGCGGUAUGGUUGGACAAGCCCACAAACAGUCACAGAGAGGGAGAGGGACAAGUACUUUGAAACGACAUAAUGAAGAGAGAGCUUCAGACAGUGCAUCGAAGAUUCAGAGGCAUGACAGUAACUAGCUGUCUCGGAAGCAAGGAUUUACACGCACCCCUCCUCGGACUAGUGUUUGGACCUGUCCCGAAUCGUAGCACGAAGGACAAUGUCUCUGCAUGCCAUAUCUACUCCUCCAUGCUUAGAUUUUCCCGUUAUGCUUUGCCAUGAUGUUAUUCUGCUUGUAGAGCUUGAGUUAGCAUUGAGGUCAAUCGUGUGGUGGUCCGGGAAACUGUAAACUAAGCCGUUCGGCAUGAUAUAAUGUAUGUAGUUACAGCAUUUAAGAUGUCUACAUUUUUGCAAGCUGUAUGUUGAUGUAUUGUGGAGGAAAAUGGUUUAUAGUAUUCAUGCAGUCCAAAUGUCAGUCAUCAGUUUCUCUCUGAAAGUGUGUGUAUCUAGCAUCCCAGUUGAUGUCCAUUUGUGCAGUGUUGGUUUUUUGGCACUAACUGUGCUAUGUAAUAUUAAGAGGGAUUUAUUUGGAAAUUCAUCAUCUUAAUAGCGAUAAUCAAGAGCAUACUGGACACUAAUUGAGAAUCUUUUUAUUGAUCUAAAUGUUCAAUUCUAAUUUAUAAAUAGACACAUUAAAAUGUCUGUGAAGUCCAGAGCAAAAAUUUGUAUAUUAAGUUUGAUUUUCGCUUUUUAUAAUGGAGUAACUAUCAUUGAGGCCUGUGGCUCUUAAGCACAAGUGGAUUUGUUUCAAGACAAUUACAGGGAAACAAAGCCUACUAUGUAUAUAAGCGUAUACUGUAAGUAAUUCACUUUACAAACCAUUGUACAUAACGUUUUUCUUAUUUACAGACUCGCUGUUAUAUUUUUUAUAUGAGAGACAAUACCUUUUUUGAAUGUUGUAAUGUCUUCUUUAUAAAUCACCAUUAAAACGUGAUUAUGAGAUCAUUCGAAGCAUGUUCAUCAGUAUUCAGUAUUAUUAAUAAAAAAUUCUUGACAUUCA